AUGAAAGCAACAGCCUUUGCCUUGCUCUUGGCUCUGGCACUUAUGACCAUCUUCAAUGUAAAAUGUGCCACAUGCCCUCAACAGGUUGAUUGCAGUAAAUAUAAGAAGUUACCACCAGGAAAAGAGGGAAUUUGUUAUGAAAUAUAUGCACCAAUUUGUGGAUCUGAUGGCGAAACUUACCCUAAUGAUUGCUUCUUUUGUCAUGAAGUUCAGUAA